AUGCCCCGCAAGAGCAAGAAGACGUGGGAGAGCGGGCCUGCAAGAGGAGUCAGAGUUGAUGAAGCAGAGCAGGUCCGAGAAGGUACGGGCACGGGCACCAGUGCAAGCAGCAGGACGGCCGAAAGCGCAGCCGAGCGCAAGGACGACAACGCAUCAGAAGUGGUUUCUCAUCCAGGAGGGGCGACUGGAAAACUGCCCUGCGACGUGACCUUUGACGUUCAGCUCUCACAACCUUCGAACUGCGCGACGAAGCCUGUAGGAGCAGCCAGUGAGAACGAGAUCGGCCCGCUGCGUGAGCAUGCUGAGGCCGGAAGACACAAGGAAUGCGCAAAGGAGAUGGGCCAGUCAGGCAAUCGCAGCGCACUUGCCACCGAUCAGGGCAACAACAAUAACAUCAUUGGAGACAACAAGGCCAACAAGGGCACAUGCAACAAUGGAGCCCAAUGCAAGCAUUGCCAUAUCCGUGAUGUUAACGAUGUUAUCCGGGCGUUAAACAACGACGUGGCUGUGAUUGAAGCAAGUUUGGCGCAGAUACCGAGCAAGGUGUAUGUCAGCAAGCUCCUCCCCGAUGAAGUGGAUGAUCUGCUGCGGCGGCUCUUGUAUGAGAAGCGCGAAACUCGCAAACGUGUUCUAUUUCGACCUGUGGACGGGUGGUGGCUGGCUGCAGAAACCUUCCUCAAGGUCUACAAGCAGCCCCCAGCCUCCGGUCUCAUUGUCGAGGUCGGCAUCUGCCCUUUCCAGCUGGCAAGAAAGCUGACCGCAAAGGAGGACAAGGAGAAGAAGAUGCAAGGCUUUUCUAUUUCUGAGGAGGAGAUGGAGGAACACGUGGUUCGUCUUGCAGGUGAAGGACAACUCUGGUGGCUCUACCCAUCUCUCAAAGUCCGCGACAUCUUUCGGGCAUGGAAGGACCUGCCACGUGGCGACGACCAGCAGCAGGAGCAGCAAGACGAGGAGACUUCGAGGAUCGCAGACCAGAUGCUUCCUCCGCAAAGCGGGAGCAGCAACAGCAAUGCUUCGUCUUCCAAUAGAGACGAUGGGUUGGAGAACUCGAAGAGAAAGCAGGUUGCCGUGCUGCAGGAGUCAGAAGUUGGAACCAAGGCUUCGCCGAGUCCGCGUUGCGCAGAGGAGGUUGGGGGUGCGCUUGAGCAUGUUGGUCAAGCCCCACAAGCCCCUUCCGAAUCUGCGCACGGGACGUCGCAGGAGGAGUGGCUGCAGUACCGCGUGAACAACACCUUCCUGGAAUUCCGCCGGUGCAGCUGGGAUGACGCAGCAGUUCCUCAGCCUCGUUGCUCCAGCUGGCCGCCGACGAGCAAGUUGCAGCGCGAGUUGGCGGGGCGGAAGGGACAGCCCGGGUCUGGGCAAUUUAUUGUGCAGGCCUGCGAGGGCCUCGAGAUCCAGCGCGAAGAAUGGUUCGACGAAAUGGAUGACGAGGAGCUCAUUCAGAGGUACCAACACGAACGUGUCGGCCACGCCGGCAUGUGCCAACCACCAGAGUGA